UAGGUGUGGUUGAGUCCACACAAAACUAUUUUUCUCCACUCCUGGAAACUGGGGCCACAACUGUGCUUAUCAUCUGGGAGAGUCUGAAGAUGACCAGCGGUGCCGAAAGUACUGACCACGAAUGAUACUGCUCAUCCCAACCCAUUUUUACAUUCAGGAGUGCUGGAGACACACCACAGUGAUACUCAGUUUUCCCCCCAGCACUGUCCAGCCAUGAUGGAGAGGACUGCACUACUGGCUCUGUGCUGUCUGCUGAUGCCUGUAUCUUGUUCUCCUCUAUAUCCAUCACUGAAUUUUGGACACAGAGCUACAUCCAUUUCAAUGAGCUCUAUGUUGGAAGACCCUCUGCAGCUGCCAGAAAACGAUUAUAGCUCCUCUCAGACAGAGGAAGCUGUGUUUAGAUCUGGAAGACAUGCAGAUGCCAUCUUCACAAAUAGCUACAGGAAAGUGUUGGGUCAGAUCUCGGCCAGAAAGUUUCUUAAGUCAGUCAUGGGAAAGAGACUAGGCAGAGAGGAACCUGAACACUUUGAGAAACGCCAGUCAGGCAUUUAUGAGGACACCUUCAAACAGGACCUCACAGCCAUCCAGAAGGAGGAGAGUUAUCGGGGCCAGCAACAGGAUAUUCAGAGGCUCAGGCAUUUUCAGUUUCCAGUUUUCCAGAGGGUCUUUGGAAAAGAUUGGCACGAUUGGUCGAGAGAAGCCUGGUCGUAAAGAAAUAUUCUCUUCCCAGCUCUAAACACAGGAAAUCAACAGACCAUCUCUCUCUACUCUGGAUUGAACAGUAUAGUCUUUUGUAUGCACUUCAGAAAUGUGUGUUGAAUGUAUGAAAAAUUGCACUGAAUAAAUAUAUUACAUUAUA